AUGGCUGGCUCAAGGACCUUCACUCUCCUCUGCGGUUUGCUGGCAGCCACCUUGGUCAGAGCCACCCUCAGCCCCCCUGUGGUUUUGAGCCUCGGCCCAGAAGUCAUCAGAGAAAGGCUGACAAAGGAGCUGAAGGACCAUAAUGUUACCAACAUCCUCCAGCAGCUGCCUCUGCUCAGCGCCAUACGGCAGAAGCCGGCGGGGGGCAACUCCAUACUAGGCAAUCUGGUGAACUCUUUCCUGAACCAUAUUAUCUGGCUGAGAGUCACCUCAGCCAACGUCCUCCAGCUGUGGGUGCAACCCUCAGCUAAUGGUCAAGAGAUAGUGGUCCAAGUCCCAUUGGACAUGGUGGCCGGACUCAACACGCCCCUGAUAAAGAGCCUUGUGGAGAUACACAUGGAGACAGUGGCCCAAGCCAUCAUCAGAGAGGAGACCAGCAAGAUGGGUCACCCCAAACUCGUUCUUGAAGACUGCUCCACAAAGCACGGGAGCGUGCGAAUCAGCAUGCUGCAAAAAUUCUCCAUCCUGGUCAACUCUUUAGCCAACAAAAUCAGGAACCUCCUGGUGCCAGCCCUUCCCAAACUGGUGAAAAGCCAGCUGUGUCCCAUAAUGAAGGCGGCUUUUGAGGACAUGUAUGCAGACCUCCUGCGCCUGGUGAUGAUGCCCGUUUCCCUCAGCUCUGACCACAUGGAGUUUGACCUUCUGUCUCUCGCCAUCAAGAGUAAUGUCAUCCACCUCAACCUCGCGGCCAAGUUGUUGGACUCAGAAGGAAAUGUGACCAACUGGUUUAAUAAGUCUGCAGUUUCCCUGACAAUGCCUACCCUGAACGGAGCCCCUCUCAGCUUCACCGUGAGGCAGGAUGUGGUGAAUGCUGUAAUAGUUGCCUUGCUCCCUCCAGAAGAAUUCAUGGUCCUGUUGGACUAUGUGCUUCCUGAACUGGCCUGGCGGCUGAAGUCCAAGAUUAAGACGAUCAGUGAAAAGGCUGCAAAUCAGAUGGGGCGCACACAGAUUGUGAAGAUCUUAACCUGGAAGAGUCCAGAGCUCCUUCUGGACCAUGGUAGUGCCAAGGUGACCCAAGUGAUCGUGCUGGAAGUAUUCGCCACCAGUAAAGUUCGCCGCCCCUUCUUCACCCUGGGCGUUGAAGCCAGCUCAGAAGCUCAGUUUUACAUCAAAGAUGACCAACUUAUGUUCACCUUGAAUGAAAUCAGUUUUGAUCGGAGCACCUUGCUGAACUCCAGCAUUGGCCUGUUCAACCCUGAACUUCUGAAAGACAUCACCACUGAGAUCCUCAUCUCUCUCCUGAUACCAAAUGAGAAUGGCAAAUUAAGAUCCGGGAUCCCAAUAUCGAUGAUAAAGGCCUUGGGAUUUGAGGCAGCUUCAUGGUCUGUGACCAGGGAUGCUCUUGUGAUCACCCCGGCCUCCUCAUAG